AUGCAUGCCACUAUAUUGGCAUACAUUUUCUCAUUGGUGGAAGCUGGCCGUGUGACAGUCCCACUAGGACCGACUCCAGAUAAUAUUUUGUACAUACAGGAAUAUGUGGCAAAUUUGUUAAAGACUGCAUUCUCUCAUUUGUCUGACAAUCAGAUCAAAAUAACUGUGCAAGGACUCUUCCAUUUGGACCAAGAUAUUCCUGCUUUCAAAGAUCACCUAAGAGAUUUCCUUGUUCAGAUAAGAGAAUACACUGGCGAAGAUGACAGCGAUUUGUAUUUGGAAGAACGUCUUUUCGCUCUUCGUCAAGCACAAGAAGAAAAGCGAAGGGUACAACUAUCUGUCCCAGGAAUGCUCAAUCCACAUGAAUUACCUGAAGAAAUGCAAGAU